AUGAAUUUUGAUCUAUCUGAUGCCGGUAUACAUCGUAGACUCCAACUAUCUGAGUUGGAGGAACUUAGAAAUGAUGCCUAUGACAAUCCUGGGAUUUGCAAGGCGAAGACCAAAGCUUACCAUGACAAACAUAUUCUCCGAAAAUCAUUUCAAGUAGGCGAUAAAGUCUUACUUUACAAUUCUCGAUUACACCUUUUCCCUGGUAAGUUGAGAUCUCGUUGGGAUGGUCCUUAUGUUGUACAUAACGUUUACUCCCAUGGUGCAGUAAAAAUUUUGAAUCCAGGGAAUGGUGACAUUUUCAAGGUCAACGAUCAACGCCUAAAGCCAUUCAUUGAAUUGUCUACUACAACUAUGGAAGAGGUCAUGGAUCUCCAUGAGCCUCUUUACUCUGAUGAUUGA